AUGUCCUCCACUGUCGCCCCCGCGCACCUCCGCGCCCUCUACCGCUCCUUCUUGCGCGAGCUCCCGUCCCACCGCCUCAAGGCAUCGCCUGUGCAGAACCGUAUCCGUACAGCAUUCUCAUCUGCGCCGUCCGGAUCGCCACAAAAAGUAGCCGUGGAUCAUGCGCAGCAGUACCUGCAGUACCUGAAGGCACAAAGGAUGUAUGCGACGCUGCUCGAACGCUACAACCCGGGGAUGAAUAUGGAUGAGGAGGAGAGGGUCAAGUUGACGGCAAGGAGGGUUGGGUUUGAGUUGCCGGAAGAAUAUGAGGCAGAAGCAAUGAAAUAG